AUGGAAACCGGUUUAACUAUCUUGAAAUGGUCGUUCUGCCUCAGCUUAGUCGUGGUUGUAUCAUGUGCUCAGGCUCCCGCACCGUGGAACCCAUCUAAUGGGAUGCGUCCGGGAACGUGUGACCAAUACGAGUGCCCCACCUACAAGUUGGUUGAACCGGGGUACGGCUAUGAGAUCCGUGCGUAUAACUCUGCGGCCUGGAUGUCCACUGGUCCCAUUCCUUCCCCAUCCAUGACUCAAGCCACCAAAACCGGUUUCCACCGAUUAUUUAGUUACAUACAUGGAGAUAACAAGAGAAAGGAGAAGUUAAACAUGACAGCUCCAGUGAUCACACAAACAACACCGAGAAAAUCAGACUACACCGUCUUCUUCUACCUCCCGAAGAAGAACCAACAGAACCCUCCUGAAGCUGAGGGACUAAAGGUGCAAAGAUGGAAACCAAGCUUCGUAGCCGUGAGACAGAUUGGUGGUUACGUGACUGAUGAAGUAGCCAAGGAAGAAGUUGUAGCUCUAAUGGCUAGUCUCCAUGGCACCGAGUGGAUUGCGCCCAUCGAAAAAAGCAAAGGAAAGUCACCAGCGUAUUUGGUCGCGGAUUAUAACCCCCCGUUCCAGUCCACGGCUAGAGUUACUGAGAUAUUGGUUCCAUUUGACAUGUAA